GUGAAUAAUAAAAUAAUAAUCAAGAAAUUACAACACAAUGCCCGAUAUCGAGUCUUCAGAGACGUCUCCUCUUCUUUCACCGUCUUCAACUAUUGUUUCAUCAGAUACGAUAUCCCCGGAUCACCCAGAUCGCUCUAUCGAACAUGACAUCCUCCCUGAGACGGCCACCUACGGCCGAAAUUUAUCGUGGUCGAGUGCUUAUAUUUUGGUAAUAUCACGAGUGAUUGGAAGUGGCAUCUUUGCCACACCUGGCGCGAUAGUCAAAUCUGUUGGUAGUGUAGGGCUUGCUCUAUCGCUAUGGGUAGCAGGAACGAUACUUUCAGCCUGUGGAAUGGCGGUAUCGCUGGAAUAUGGGUGCAUGUUGCCUCGGUCUGGUGGUGAUAAGGUAUAUCUUGAGUUUACAUAUCGGUAUCCGAAAUUCCUCGCGUCGACUUUGAUUGCCGUGCAGGCAGUCCUGUUAGGGUUUACGGCAAGCAACUGCAUCAUCUUCUCGAAAUACACUUCAUUUGCAUUGAAUAUAGAGCCAACUGAAUUUCAGAGCAAGGUGUUGGCAGUGGGCCUGCUUACAGUGAUUACUAUAAUCCACGGCCGUUUCAUGAAAGCCGGUAUUGCUAUUCAAAACGCUUUGGGAUGGGUGAAAAUAUUCCUCAUUGUUUUCAUGGCUCUCAGCGGGGUUUACGUUAUUCUCUUCCACGAAAGGAGCGAAGUGGCUCCUACCGUAUUGGCCAGAUUUGGAUCCCAAGAUAUAGACUUUUGGGACGAACUAUGGAAAGAUUCUGACUGGAGCUGGAAUACGCUUUCGACUUCGCUAUUCAAAGUAUUCUAUUCGUACGCCGGGUUGAGCAACAUGAACAACGUACUUAACGAGGUUAAAAACCCGGUACGAACGCUAAAAACAGUGUGUCCGGCUGCGUUGAUCACGGCGUGUCUUUUGUACCUGCUCGCAAACGUUUCUUAUUUCUUGGUUGUCCCCAUCGAAGAGAUAAAACAGAGUGGAGAACUAGUCGCGGCACUCUUUUUCGAGCGUGCAUUUGGCCCGCACCUUGGAAGGACUAUUUUACCCCUGAUGAUUGCCGUAUCGGCGGUUGGAAAUGUCAUGGUUGUUACUUUUGCCUUGGCCCGUGUCAAUCAAGAAGUCGCUCGGCAAGGAUUUCUUCCAUUCGCCAGAACAAUAUCGUCAUCUAAGCCAUUCAACUCACCCUUAUGGGGCCUAGUUGUACAUUACGUGCCAUCAUUUCUGGUAAUUACCAUUCCGCCUCAAGGUGGAAUAUACAACUUCAUUCUAGACGUUGAAGGUUACCCCGGUCAAUUUUUUGCUCUCGCCAUCACAGCGGGUUUGAUCCUUCUUCGAUACAGACGACCCGACUUGAAGCGACCAUUCAAGGCCUGGCUGCCUGCUGUGUGGCUGAGAGUAGUUACAUGCCUGGCGCUGCUGGCAGCGCCGUUUUUCCCACCAGUUGAUUGGAAGGGUGAUGUUGACUUUUUCUAUGCGACGUAUGCUAUUGUUGGUAUUGGAAUUAUUUUGUUCGGCGUCCUGUAUUGGUACAUAUGGACAGUCCUCCUUCCCAAAUGGGGCGGUUAUACGUUGGAAGAAGAGGUGGAGGUUUUGGAUGAUGGGACUAGUAUUACAAAGCUAGUGCAUUCCCACAAACUGUAA